AUGUGUGGUAUUCUGAACCAUUCUUUCAAGAUCCUCCGAACAAACUGGGGAUGCAUGUUUGGGAACGGGGUAUAUACCACCACCGUGUCGUCCAAAGCCGACCUCUUUGCUGAGAAUCAAGACAUUCAUUCUCGGCUCCAUGCGGUGUUUAUUUGCCGGAUCGUCAGCAACAGGCCGCAGUACCUUAGGCGUCCUGACAACUUCCGAACCCGUCCCGACCGGGGAUACGACAGUGUCGAGGCUGUACUGACGCACAACGGUGGCACUGUCAGGUAUCCAGAGACGAUUGUGUAUCGCGAGGACGCGGUGAUUCCAGUCGGGGUGAUCCUGUAUACCUGGCGAGAGUGGCUGCCUUGA